GAAUUAAAUGAACUUAAAGAAAAAAACCGAAAAGAAUUAACCGAAACUGAACAAAAAUUAGCAGAUGACAAGCAAAAAGCCCAAGAGGAAUUAGAUAGAUUAAUUAAAGACCGAGAAAAUGCGGCUAAAAAAGCUGAGGCAGAUAAAAUUGAGCGGGAUAAAACUAGCCAGUUAGAAGCCAAACGGCAAGAAGUGGAGGAGGUGAAAAAGUGUACCGAUGAUGGCAGUGGUCAGCCAGUUUUUGUUCCUUUUCGUUCGCUGGGAAAUGGUUAUAUGUCCAUGUCAACGAUUGGAAACAUAUUUAAUUUAAUGGAAACACAACCCCCGCGGAUAUCUAAAUCAGAUCUCAAAUCAUUUUUAGUCCAAGAUCACACUUCCUUUUCCGUCCUGUCAGUCUCCACCAAACACAUUGAAUCCACUAACCGCAUCUCAGUUACCUUAUCUAAAAACUCCGCUCAAUCUUUUUAUUUAGGACAAAAGAAAACUAAAUCUAUCUCAGAAACAAAACCGGUUAAACCAAAAGAUGACUGCUUAAAAGAUGCUCAAAACUGCACUUACUUUGCCUUUUUUAAUUCUAAAGAAAAAAAACUCUACACCCGUUUCAAAGAUAAAGUGGAAGCUAACUUUGAGGGAACCCAAGCGGAUCAGCCAUCGCUGAAAAAGACACCCCCAUCGUGCCUUACUCUCAUAAAUGCACCCUCGAUAAAAACUUCACCUCCUGUUGAAAUUGCCGAGCCUACAUCUCUGCUUUAUGACCUUAUGGUCGAGUGGAAAGCCGUUCACCAGCCUGCUCUGCUAAUUGGCAAGCACAAACUAGAUGCUCAAACUGGUCAGCAUCUCCCCAAAAACCAAAAAGUAUUUCGUCAUUACGACUACCAAACCCAGCAAACCACUUACUUCUAUAAAACUAAUGAGCAACUAGUCGGUCAAGUCCACAAGCCUUUUUUAGAUAAAAAACAUUUUCGCUUAGGAACUCGCUCUUUAAAUCCUUUAAACUUACUAACUCUUUUCACCAAAUCCACUAAAAAAGAAGUUUACCAAGCCAAAAAACCCAAAGGGCAACUGAACCAGGACUUUCAAGAAUUCCUAAUUACUCGCUUUUUAUUACUGUGUAGUAAAGCCGAAUUCCUCCACACUCCCUUAGAGCAAGAACAUGUCCCAAAGGAAGUUGAAAAGUGUAGUCAAUCCAUUUAUCAACACUUCCAGGUUAAACCCGUUCUCCACUUCCAAUUUACCCCUAAAAACGCCCCCGUCGUGCGGUCUUUUAUCGCCAACUUAGACACUUAUGCCCAAGAGUAUGACAUGGAAGAAUCCCAAGACUUCUACGCUUACCCCAUCACUCAUGACGCCAAACACGAAAUCACUAAACAACUAACCGGUCUCUGUGGCU